UCACGGCCGUGAUUUAAGACGAGACCGCCCUUUGCCCCCCGUUGCUCACAUAUAAACCCGACGACCCUCGGCGGUGCACUGCUGCCGUAGGAUCGCCGCGCAUCGCAGGACGCCUACAUAUCUAUAGACCCCCCUUUUAUUUUGCAGCAGAAUCCUCCCAGACUUGCUCUGCAAGCCAAACUAUUCAGUACGACCUGUAAUCUAUGCUCGCCAAGGGCUUCCCGGCCAAUUGAGUAUCAUAGUCUGCACUGCAGCCAUCACCUUACAUACGCACGCAUCCUUGCGGGGGGUGGGAGAGAGGAAAAUACCUACCAGAAAGGACAAUACCACCUUGGGGGGCCGCCCUCGUCAUAUUCCUUCAAGGGUCUACGCCGCCCAGAGCUUACAGACAAAGACCGUACAUGGCCGUGUCGAAGAGAGCGGGCCAAAGCCCAAGUCUUUAUUAUAACAACUAUGACGCCCCCCGCGUCGCAAUACCUCUCAUUAGUUCCAUACCUCUACUUGCAAGCCUCUACCGCUGGCACCGGUCUCAAUACCACCAGCAACCCAACACCAUCAACACUACCAUGGAGCAGACGCCACUACUAUCACAACACUCCUCUGGGGCCCAAGGCCCCACCUCCUUCACUAAAUUCAAGGAGCUACCCCCGGAGUUGCGUAUCAAGAUCUGGCACUACGCCAUGCCGGAGCCUAGGACGGUCAUCGUCAAAUCACCCUAUGCGAGACCGGGGAAGCGCGCGCCCCGGUCUCUGGAAGAAGCGCUUCCCGAGCCGCACCAGCACCCCGGCGAGGCCGAGACGUGGUACUCGCCGACGCCGGUCCCGGCGCUGUUGCACGUGAGCGCGGAGGCGCGGCACGAGGCGCUCAAGCGUUACUCGCUAUCACUGGGGGCGGCGGAGGGCGGCGGCUCGCCGCGGGUGUACGUGGACCUGGGCCGCGACGCCGUGUACUUCGGGCACGCGGAGCUGCGCGCCGAGUGCGCGGGGCUGUGGGGGCGGACGCACGACCUCGCGCGCGUGCGGCGGCUCGCCGUCGUCGCCGAGGGCGCCUGGCGCGUCCUGCGCUGGAAGCGUGUCGGGCUCGACGCCCUGCGCCACCUCAUCUUCGUCCACGGCACCGAGCGCGGCGAGCCCGAAGGCCCCCUGCCGCUGCUCGUCGAGGACGUCGUCGAAGACGAGCUCCCGGCGCGCCCGCAGUCACAGUCGCAGUUACGGGGAAACGAGGAUCAAGAGCAGCAGCAGGAACAUAGGGGCGAGGGCCUGGAGCUACUCUUUGAGGAGAGGAGGGAACGGGCAGGGGAGGGAGACGGGGAGGAGCAGAGGCGACGGCGACCCGACGAUGGUGCUGCUGCUGCUGCUGCUGCACUGGAUCCGGUGAACAAGCGGAUGCAGGCCGCGCGCGAGGAGAUAGACACGCUGAUGGCGGUGCUACCGACCCAGUGGGAGAGAGAGCCGGCUGUAUCCACAGCGGUGUUUAGGGAAUGUGACAGGGACGAGUGGUUUUACUGAUUCGCUGAGAUCUGUCUCUCAUCUUUCUGGGUGGGCUGAGACAUUUAUUCGUCAUCCAGUACAAUGUCUCGCCUUUGGGGCUUGUUUCAACUCUCUGUGCUCCAAGUGUAAACGUGUCAACAAUGCCUUUGCGUAUUUAUGUGUGUGUGCUCGUCUACAUGGCGCAUCCGGGAGACAGAACCAGGCGGCGAGAGAGCGGGAGGGCAACGUUCAGAUGUCCUUCCUACGCCACACGAUGAGGGACUAGGCGUGGACGCCGUCCGACGUCAAGGGGAAGAUCAAUUCCUUGUUUCGGGAGGCUGUUAGGCAUAGAUUGCGACUCAGCGGGCGGUCCCUGCAAGACCUGAUUCCCCUAUUUGUCUAGACGCCCACUUGCAGGAUCGUCGACGGCAUACUCAUGAUUAUUAUCCCGCAAGGAGGGGCGCUACGACAUGGACCUUACUAGCCACUAACAGAUCCAAUCACCAUGCUUACCGUCUCUUCUGAGAAAGGACCCGUCAACUCUACUCUAGUCUCGACAUCAUGGGUGUGUGCAGAACUCCGCUGCCCUAUUGUUAGACAUGUAUAAGAAGCAACAGCCGCUUCGCCGAGGCCAUCGUCGUCGU